AAGACUCUUUUAUUGUUUUAUUCUUUCAAAUACAAGAAUGUCAAGUAAGUGCACUGAAACGGUGCAGGUCUGCAUGUUGCUCUAUGGGCACAUGCAGUUUCUAGAAUAUAGUACGCCCCUCAUCUGAUACUCGAAAUACUAUUGGAUCCCUGAACAUUCAAUCUGAUGCUGCCAAGGUGAUUCCUUGUAGACUCCAGUGUCCAAUCAGGGGCGAGCUUUAUGAUAACACCUUGGGAUUCCGCGAAGUAUUUUCUUUCAGAAGGGAACAGCAAACAGCGGCACGCAGCUGAGUUGAUGCACUUGUGAGGAAAGAAUGGAUGACAGCAAGCCAAGUUUCUACACAUUCUGAUUCGUAGUACAUAUUUUAUUUUUUUAGAAUAGACAUGGUAUGUUUCUUCGAUAAUUUGUGUGUAUAGACACGAGCGAUCCGAGUUUGAUACGAGCUCAGCUUAUUAAUCGCCUGGAAUUGAUACGGAGCACUAUUAUCAUCCUAGCAAUCACACUGGGAAAGACACGUGUUGGAGUGAAACCACGUUUUCUGGAGUCCUCUGUCUCCUGAUGCGCCUAUGAUGAGAAACUGCAGUCGUUAGUUUUUAUUAGCGCGGUUGCUUCAUUACUAGGAUAUUUACAUUACUUGGAUAUUGGCGUAAUUAUGACGGACUUUGAUUUUGCAGCAAAGCCCUUGGUGCCGGUCUCGAGAAGUGACUGCUCAGGCAAACUAGCCGGAGAGGAGGGAUCUGAAGAAAAUCAAGAGAGUCGGACUUUGUUAAUGGUGGCAAUGAUCCUGCUGGACCUAAAUCAGUGUAUCCCGAGCGCUCGUGGCAGUAGCAUCAGCACCAAAUGUAUGGUGGAGAGCGAUGCGAAGGAUAAAGUCACCGGCCUGAGGGACUAUCGCGUGAAACGCAUCAGUGAGUUUACAGAGCGCUGCAAAAAAACCGCGAGCAGGGUGAAAAGGACACGAAACAGACAGACCGACAGACUGCAUGUGGCAGCUGAGAAAAGACACUGUUGUCCGUAUGCUGGCUGUGGUAAAAUAUACGGCAAAUCGUCCCAUCUUAAGGCGCACUUCCGAGUACACACCGGUGAGCGACCCUUUCAGUGCAACUGGCCAGGCUGUGGGAAGAAAUUUUCUCGCUCGGACGAACUGGCGCGACACUUCCGAACGCACACAGGGGAGAAGCGUUUCAUGUGCCCGCUCUGCGACAAAUGCUUCAUGCGAAGCGAUCACCUCACCAAACACGCCCGCAGGCACGUCGGCUUCCACCCCAGUAUGCUGCAGGAUCCCACCAGACGAAGACGGCUCUCUUCUGCGUCCACAUCGUCCUUUGGAUCCGGUGAUCAGACUAUGUCUGCUGGAGUUUGAGCUACCACAUGACCCAUUACAUCCUCAAUGGGACGGAUAGAAAUAAUCAUCAACUCUUAAUCGACAUUUAUUGCAAGAGAUAGCCUACUUAAAAUAAAUAGUGAUAUUUAAAAAUUAGCAGGCCUGCAACAUAGAUAAGGGAUUGAUUUCAGCAGAAAGGAGUGGGGGUUUAUUACUCUCCCACGGAGUCAAAGGAACACGAACGUGUUCUGUGUAAAGAUAUAGGGCUAUUGUGCUUGGUGAAUCAUAUGUAUUUUGAAGUGUCAGAUUUUGCAGUGGUCCAGUAUGGGAGCGGUUCCAGAUACUCGCUAUAAAUUGUUAAACGUUGCCUGCGCUUUAGGCUACUGUUGGGUACUUGAGAUAUUAACAUCGUGAGAUUUUACUCACGCAAUCAUUCUUUCGCGUUUUUUAAGCAAUGGCAUUGGAUUAUUGACUUUAAAAGGGAUAGUUCACUCAAAUGAAAUUAUCUCAUCAUUUACUCACCCUCAUACCAUCCCAGAUGUGCAUGACUUCCUUCUGCUUAACACAAACCAAGAUAUUUAGAAGAAUAUUUCAGCUAUGUAGGUCCUCACAAUGCAAAUGAAUGAGUACCCAAAUUUUGAAGCUCCAAAAUGCACAUAAAGGCAGCAUAAAAGUAAUCCAAAGACUCCAGUGAUUAAAUCUCUUCAGAGGUGGUAUGAUAUGUGUGGAUGAGAAACAGAUAAAUAUA